CUUCUGGUGACUGUCACCGCCGUCGCCUCGGAGCGUGGGUUCUAGACCCUAGGCGGCUUUGGCGGGCACGGAGUUACCCGGUUCCUUCGCUGUCUGGCGAGAACGGACGUUUACAGAUAUGAUCCAGACCUGUACGUGAAUUACUUUGGUUAGUCAGAGUCAACAUUCGAUAAUGAGUGGUGCUGCUUUGGGACUCGAGAUUGUUUUUGUCUUUUUUCUGGCAUUAUUCAUACUUCAUCGAUACGGAGACUUUAAGAAACAGCAUAGACUUGUAAUUAUUGGAACACUGCUUGCUUGGUAUCUCUGCUUUCUUAUUGUCUUCAUACUGCCUCUGGAUGUUAGUACGACAAUAUACAACCGCUGCAAGCAUGCUGCUGCAAACUCAAGCCCUCCUGAGAAUAACAACAUUACAGGAUCUUAUGCAACUGCUACCCCGGUUCCAAGCAAACAUCCAUGUUUCAAGCCAUGGAGUUACAUUCCUGAUGGAAUCAUGCCAAUUUUCUGGAGGGUAGUAUAUUGGACAUCACAGUUUUUAACAUGGAUUCUGUUACCUUUUAUGCAGUCAUAUGCAAGAUCAGGAGGCUUUUCUAUCACUGGGAAGAUCAAAACUGCACUGAUUGAGAAUGCAAUCUAUUAUGGCACCUAUUUGCUGAUUUUUGGAGCAUUUUUAAUUUAUGUAGCUGUAAAUCCACAUUUGCACUUAGAAUGGAACCAGCUUCAAACAAUUGGUAUAGCUGCUGCAAAUACUUGGGGUCUGUUUCUUCUUGUGUUGUUGUUGGGUUAUGGCUUGGUGGAAAUUCCUCGGUCAUACUGGAAUGGAGCAAAAAAGGGUUAUCUACUUAUGAAGACUUAUUUUAAGGCAGCCAAACUGAUGACAGAGAAAGCAGAUGCAGAAGAGAAUUUAGAAGAUGUCAUGGAGGAGGUCCGUAAAGUGAAUGAAAGCAUCAAGUACAACCACCCUUUGAGGAAAUGUGUUGAUACAAUAUUAAAAAAGUGCCCUACUGAGUAUCAGGAAAAAAUGGGUAGGAAUAUGGAUGAUUAUGAAGAUUUUGAUGAAAAGCAUAAUACCUACCCAAGUGAAAAAAGUCUGGUAAAACUGCAUAAACAGGUGAUUUAUUCAGUUCAGAGGCACCGUCGAACACAAGUACAGUGGCAGAUUCUUUUGGAACAAGCAUUUUAUCUGGAAGAUGUAGCAAAAAAUGAAACCAGUGCAACUCAUCAGUUUGUUCACACCUUUCAAACACCAGAGCCAGAAAAUAGAUUUAUCCAGUAUUUUUAUAAUCCUACAGUUGAAUGGUACUGGGAAUGUCUUUUACGACCAUGGUUUUAUAGAAUACUUGCUGUGGUUUUGUCCAUCUUCUCAGUGAUUGUUGUUUGGUCAGAGUGCACAUUUUUUAGCACUAGACCUGUCUUAUCUCUCUUUGCAGUCUUCAUACAGCUGGCAGAAAAAACAUAUAAUUAUAUUUAUAUUGAGAUUGCUUGCUUCCUUUCCAUCUUCUUCCUAAGUAUCUGUGUUUAUUCUACUGUGUUCAGGAUCCGUGUAUUUAAUUACUAUUACUUGGCCUCUCAUCACCAGACUGAUGCUUAUAGCCUUCUUUUCAGUGGCAUGUUGUUUUGCCGUUUGACUCCUCCUUUAUGUCUUAAUUUCUUGGGAUUGACCCAUAUGGAUUCAUCCAUUUCUCACCAGAAUACUCAACCAACUGCUUAUACAUCUAUUAUGGGUUCCAUGAAAGUUUUAUCAUUUAUUGCAGAUGGAUUUUAUAUUUAUUAUCCUAUGUUGGUGGUAAUUCUCUGCAUUGCUACUUAUUUUAGCUUGGGAACCCGCUGUUUGAAUCUACUUGGUUUUCAGCAGUUUAUGGGAGAUAAUGAUAUGACAUCAGACUUAGUUGAUGAAGGAAAAGAAUUAAUCAGACGAGAGAAAAGAAAAAGGCAAAGGCAAGAAGAAGGUGAAAAUCGAAGAAGAGAAUGGAAGGAACGUUAUGGACACAAUAGGGAAGAUUCCACUAGAAACAGAAAUGUUCAUACUGACCCAAAAGAGUCCAACUUCACAGAUAUUGGUAGCAGUCGAUCAUCCAGAUAUACCAGGGCUAAUAAUAGGACUGAAAGGGACCGAAUAGAACUCCUCCAAGAUGCAGAACCUUUGGAUUUCAAUGCAGAAACAUUUACUGAUGAUCCUCUUGAAUCUGAAUCAGGAAGAUAUCAGCAUGGUGGACGAUACCUCUCAAUGUCUCGCAGCAGAAUAUUUGAUGAUGUCUAAAAUCUGAAAGAAUUUGUGAACAACAAGCAUCAAUUCAGUCUUUAUGAAACCUGUGUGCCCUAGAAUUUACUCUGUACUCUGGGUGAAAAGUGUCAGGCACUGAGAAUUAAUUACAUCUUGGUAAUAAUAGUUUCUCUAUUGUUCAUUGAAUAGAGUAUCAUCUUUUCUAAUAGGAUUUAUUACAUUCCCUGUCUGCCUUAGAAGUAUAGUUACAGUAGAAGGAUUUAAUUCGUGAUAAAAGAUCAGUGUACAUGAAGAACAUGUAGUUCAGUUUGGUUUAGAUUAAUUUUUUUCAGGAAAGUCAUUUUUAAAGGUCUAAGAAAGCUGUAAGUCAUAACUAAUAUAAUACAGUUUUAUUUGUGAUUUAUGUUUUUGCUGUUUCUAAAGAAUAUUUUAAACUUCUAUUUCCCAAAGAAAUAUUUGAAUGAAAUUAUUUUAAUGAAGACCUCAAAUAAUAACCAUAUUCACAAAACCCAUGUCUUAAAACAGUGCUUACUUAUCGAUAUCAUAAAUGAAUGUAGAAAGCUCUUUUUCAACUCUGUAUUCAAAUUAAUGUGGUUAAUGCAUGAAUAAUUAUGAUUAUACUUCAACUGAUAAUGUCUGUAUCUUUAGCAUAUAGCAUAUAUACUAUAAUCAGGUGAUAUAUUAUUCUUUCAGUCUUUUUAGUAGUAACUGGAAAUUUGUUAUGCUUUUGGUAUUGCUUUGUGAAAGAUUUUCAUUUCAGAGAGAAAUGUUCACCUUUUUAGCAUGUUGAUUUGUGUCAAUCAUUCCAUUCAAGGAGAAUCCUAAGCAUUCAUGGUAAAUAGUUUUUUAUAUAUAGCCAAAGAGUCCCACAAAAUUCUCUUUAUGUUUAACAGUGUGUUUAUGGUUUUAUAAAAAGAACAUCUGAUUAUACAAGGGGAAAAAGUGAAUCCAUUUACUGCUAUUACUAACACUUAAAUUAUAGUUUAUAAAAACAAAGUGAAUUAGAAUGGAAAUGUGUAAUAACUUGUUGGUUGAACAUGCUUAUUAUUUUAAAUGAUUUUUUCAACAUUUGAUUUUAAACCAAAGUCAGGUAUUAUGUUUUAAAACACUAGUGUUUUGUAAGUAAGCAUGUUUGUGCAACAUGCUUGUAGAAUCUUUAAAUCCUGAAAUAUUUGCAGUUCUUAACGAAUUCAUGAUACAUUAGAUAGCCAUACUUGAGCUUACCUAGAACUGUCCCAAUUUAACACCUAUUACCCUGUUUAAUUAAUAGUGCUCACUUUGACUCUCAGAUGUCCCAAUUUGAAGAUGAAUUAUAUGGUCACCCUAACGAUAUGAUUGUAUGUAUCUUGAGGGUAAUCUUUCCCCAAAUCAAAAAUUUGAAAUUUUUAUUUUCCUCUUUAAUUAGUGUUAUCAUGUGAUUUUUAUAAGAAUUCCAUUACAGGUAUUGAAAGGAAUAGGGUCUCAUCGUUACCUAAUUUUGUUCAGUUCUUAUAGUCUCCUAGCUUAAAACCCUAUAAUUAUCAAUGAAUAGAUUUGUUCCUGAAUUGGAAGUAUGGUCAGAGAGCAGUAGCCCAGGAGCAGAGAUAUUUAAUGUUGUUUGUAACCUCAUGAUUGACUCAUUGAAUUCCUUGGAUAAAUCACAUAACCUUUCAGUGCCUCAGUUUCUUCAUUUGCAAAAUGAAGAUGAACUUGCUGUCUAUCUACUCAUCUACCUCACAGAGCUAUUGUGAGGGUAUUGAGUUGGUGUUUAUGUGCUGGAGUUUAAAAAGACAAAACAAAAUAAGUCAUUAGCUAUGCCUUUUUACUUAGUAGUGUUUCAGGAUGUUGGAUGAAGAAAUGAUCAUCCCAGAAAGGGUCCAGUUCGUUCUUAUUCUAGAGAAACUUAAAACACCCCAAAUCCAAAACUCUGUUUGGAAUAAUUCAUCAAAAGUCCUAUAAAAAUAGUGUUAUUUUAUUAUUUGGUCUUCGGAUUUACUUUGGAACUGUUUCCUUUGGUAAAAUAUUACUUCUCAUUGAGUUUUGUUGUGAAACUCAGAUACUAUUAUAGAAUUAGAAGCAGAGGAGAGAAGAAAUUAUCCAGUUACUUUUAUGACCUGCUCCUUUAAUGCCCUAAUAUGAAUUCAUAGGAAUGUGUAAGGGAACUUUUCUUUAUUAUUACAUUUUUUAUGAUUAUAAUGAUUGAAGUAUGUAUAUUCCUUCACAAACAGUAUAGAUUCCUUUAUAGCUUUUGAGCUAUUCCCAAAAUAAUUCACUGAUCCAGAGUAUUCAACCUUUUACAGAGUUUGGCUUACAGAAUUUUAUAUACAAUCAUACUUUGCUCAUUCUCCAAUUAGUAAACUAUUAGUAAACUAUUCUUUGAAAGGUUAGCUGUUGAUCUGUUAGAGAUUAGUAGUAUGUUUUAGGUCAGAAGGCAAUGAUUUAGAUCCUGAAGAUGAAUGAAGCAUUUAUUCCUGGAGAACUGAAUUUUUCUGUUCUGAGCUUAUUAAAAUGUAAUGACAUCUAUUAAAAACAAUACUACUGAAUUCAUAUACUUUGCAUGCAAAAUACAUUUGAAGAAUUAUUUCUGGCACUUACCUUUUAAUUCCUUUCUUGCAUAAUAAAUAACGGAUUAGUUUUCUAGUAAGUGUUAGGUAAGUGUUCAGUAAGCCGGUAAUUCACAGUAACCAUUGCAGAAAAUAAUAAUUAGUAAUCUGUUUAUUUCAUGAAUCACCUGUAAGUUGCUAACUAGCUCCUUUUUUUUUCUGCAUCAGCAACUUGUUAACAAUAGAGCAUUUUGGUAUAAAAUUCUUGAAAUAAUAAAUAAGGUAUAUAUCUAAUUACAGAAUUUGCUAUCUUAAUGAAUAUAAGAACCUUGGAAUAAGUUCAUUACACAAGAGGCCCAUGUUUCACAAAAGUGAACACUCAAGGGUUUCCCUUUAUAAAGAAUAGAUGAGAAUUUGGCAAUCCAGAUGUUCAAAAAGAAAUGCUACCAAUUGAUUUGUUCUUGGAUGUAUGUGACUACAAUUUCAUUAGAUUAUCAGUUCUGAAAUCUAAGCUGGAUGUACUGAAACACAGAUAGGGGAAUCAAAAUUUUUUUUUUUAACCUUUAAUAGAUAUAGGGUAUGUUUUUGGUAGCUUAUUGAUUACUAUAUUAAAGGAAAAAAAUAAUCCAUAGUUGUAAGUCACACUGUUCAGGAAUGCAAGUUUGUUGUACUGAUGGUCUGUGUAUAUCAUGCCUAAAAAUACAAUAAGUAUAUUUGCACUAAAAGGCAAAACAUGCCCUUGAAAAAUCUUGAUACACUUGAAUCUCCACCUUGUAAUGGACUGUGUUGUAUUGAAUUCUAAAUAUUAAGAAGUAAAUGGAUUUAGGAUUUUUGUCUUUCCUUUCUUCCUCCAUCCCUCCCUCACACCUUUUAUACCUUCCUUCUUUCCUGAGGCCUUUUUACAGAAUAACAUUUAAUGUGCUGACAGAUUUUUCUUUGUUUUGUAUACAUAGUUGUUUUUGAUGAUCAGUACACUUAAAAAGAACUAGUUCUAAUUACAAAUUCUACUACUUGAAAUAGCAGUAUUGCACCUAAAGUAGUGAAGCAGCUUUUUCUAGACGGUUAAGCUACGUCUGAAUGUAAAUGUGAGGUAUGCUGGCUCAGAGUGUUGUUUUUUUAGCUCAUUAAGAAAAGCAUGUCAGUAAAAUUAAUUAUUUUCAGUAUAGUGUUUUGAAAUAAAAAUUGGAUUAUGAACUAAAAAGAUGAAAAUGUACUCUAAUAACAGUUAUCAGAAUUUUCCUUAAGAGAGGUUGAAACAAUACAAGAGAGCUACAGGUAGCCUUCCAAAAUAUUAAUUCACUCCCUAUAGUAUGCUUCUUUCCAGCUCAGUGACUUUUUCUUGCCCCAGAGUCUUGGAAGACCAAGUAGUGUUAUCUUCUACCCAGCUUCUGGAGACCAGGCUCUAUGAGCCAUCUCCCCCAGAGCAGGCACUGGCCCAGCCCCAUCCUCCAGCUGCCACUGCUCAGGAGUGAGAAUACACCCUCACCCCUAAUACCUUCCAUGCUCAGCCUGGUUUUCCUAAAAAUUUUCAUUCCAUUUUCAAAAGGUUUGUCCAUUGAGGUUCAAUUUAUUAGACUUUGUUAAUAAAGCAAGAACAUUGGCAUAGCCCUCAUUUUUAUCACACUCCUUGGGAAAAUUUCACCUUUUUUUUCUCUGAAAAAUUUUCUCUUUUCUAGUUAUCUUCAUCUCAAAUAUUGUAAAAGGAGAAUUUUGGUGUACUUAAUGCAAAAGGGUAGAAAGGAUGGUUUACUAUGGCAGACAUGUAAAGUUAUAAUUUAUUAAACUGAAUGUACAACACCAUUUAGAGUAGAUACUGUUGACAUAAAUCUUAUCAACCUAGUCACUUGUGUUGUUUCUCCAUAAGAAUGCUGGCUAGCAUCUUCCCUAUUUUGUAUACCAAGUUGUAGGGGAGAGACUGUAUUUAUUAUUUUUUAAACAAUCCGAUGGAUUUGCUUUUUGUCCAUAUUUUGAAAACAAUUUGGAUUUUUCUCAUUUUAGAAGGUAGAAAAUACGUGAACCUGUCUUUUAAAUUACUGUAAUCUAAUAUAUGUUUAUAAAUUGUAACAUUAACAAGAACUAAAGAGCUCUAAUAUUGAUGUUGUGACUGCCUGGUAUUUAAUUUUUAUAGAAUUUUUCAUAAGUAAUUGUAAUAGUGCUUUUAAAUAGUUAAAAAAUCUUUCUCAAAUAAGUUCUGUCCAGACCUGUUUUCUUAGGGCAGUAUUCUGAAGUUCAGUAAUCCAGUGUGAAUUUGAAAUACUCCUACAUCUCUUCUGUAUCCUUUUACAUAGCAGUAUGCAAGCAAAGUGUACCAAAAGCCUGAUUUCUGUGUCUCAUUAAUCAAGUUUUUUUAUUUUGCCUUUAUCUAAUUGAAUGGAUUAGGUAAAAUAGAAGCUAUGGGUCUCUGCAAAUGUGCAUCUCAUAAUUUUUCAAAAUGUUAACUAUAUUUAGUUUUGGUGCAUGAUGCCAAAUUUAUCUCUAAUCAGAUAUCACUACUGAUAUUUAGUGACAAGUGUUUCCUCAUCUGACUAGUGGUUUGGAGAUUUAAUUAUUUUUCUCUGUAGAUUCUCACUACAUUUUCAAGUAUUUAUUUAGAAAAGACCAUAGAGUGCUACUGAUCAUAAGUUAGCAUCCUGGCCUUAUCUAAGCAAAAUUUUCUUUAAUAUUUUAACUUAUUGUUGAUGUGAUGAAUUUUUUGAUAUGUUUGAUUUAGCUGUUAAAAUAUAGGAAAUUAUACAGCUUUGCAUGAAAUAAAGAACAUUUUCACAAGUUAGUA